CUUCCAUACCAUUAAUAUUUUGUAUGUGCUUGUCCCAACACGUGGUAUUCCAUGAAGAAGAAAGCUUUUUUUUUCUUCAUUUUUUUCUGUAUUAUUAUCAUCAAUAACCCUCUGUCUUCUUGCUAGUAUUUAAUAUGCAAUGAGGAACAUGUGUAUCGGAUUUUUUUUCUUUGCAACUAGAUGAGAAUUCGUGAUUAGGCUUGGAUCGUCAAAGGGAGACUGGCAGUCGGGAUGGACGGGUGUGUGGCCUUCCUGUGGGCGUGUCUGGCGGUUCUGUGGGCGUCGUCUCUCCCCGCCCACACCGCCUCGUCCUCUGUCACCUUCAGGAGAUUUGAAGGAAGACAAGUCACGACCAACAUCAUCUCAGAAACAAGUUUUCCGAAGUCCCCUCGCAAAGGCACGAUGGAGUGCUCUGCCUUCUGCCACAGCACGCCGGGCUGUCUCAGCUUCAACCUUGGCAACUCAGCGCCGUACCGCUGUCAGCUGCUGCGUCUCAAGGAGGGCGACACUGUCGUCAGCAACACGGACUUUGACCAGUUCAUCUCCACCAGCGCUAGUGUGGUUCCCGUCGAGGCAAGCAAUGGUGGUCCUUGGGGCACUUGGCAUGCUUGGGUCUACUGUUUACCAGGAAGCUACAUGAACGCGUAUCAGAUAAAGGUACAGCUAUUUUGUCAUGAAUGAAAAUUGCACGCCUUCUGUCUGGGCAUACUGUGCGAUAUAAGCACAUAUGACUACUACUCUGUCUUAGUGAAUAGCCUAUUAAAAAUGAACUUUCCUGUAUCGUUGUAUGCGGCAGUAAACCAAUUCUUCUUUUUUUUUUUGGUUAUACAGUACGACGUUUACAACGGUUUAGGAAUGGGUACAGACGACUUCGGAAUCACCCAUCUGAAACUGUUCUGCGUCUAUCCCAACGCCAGUGAUGCCAAUGACAUGAUUGUAGGGGUAAAUGACAACGACCCUCCUGGAGCCUGGGAAGGCGAGUGUUCC